GUGUGAACAAAGUGUGGUCGGGUAACCACAUGAAAGGGAGCAGACUCAUUGCCGACGACUUUCCGACCCCACACCAGCAGACAAAACCGCGCCUGUUACGGCAAAGCCGAGAUACGGAGAAGUACCUCAAAGCGCACCCACAAGCCUUAGAAGCCAUCUUCGACGACUUUGACUUCGCGUCUUCUGAUGACACCGAUGGUGAUGUCCCUAGAUUUGGUGAAGAUGAAGAAGGAUCCGGCCUAGAGUUGCCCUCUAGAAGAAAGCGUGAGACGGAGCAAUGUUCAUCUCUGUCAUCUGUCUUCGUGUUCAGCAAUUGUCAGGACAAAAACAACUACAUUUGUCUCUUCAAAGGCAGACCGUCUUCCGUGCCUGUUAGGAGUGAACAUCGCAACAUCGCGCGACUUUACCCUGAUCACCUGGCCCUGUGACACUCAGCUAAACGUUCUGUGUCGAGUUCCCAGGAACAUCGAAGUAUCAAGAUCACCCCAGCUUAUUCUGACCACGGGAAAUGGAUUCUCUAAUCAGAGAAGCGCGGCGUCAGGAGUUGUAGAGCUUCCAGCUGCUACGUUUUCUGCCUCUGGCUCAGGAAAUCGAGAAGGCCCUCUUGUCAAUAACGUCACCGCUAGAUUGCUGUGUGUCGUGCCCAGCUUAAUGCCCACCCAGAGUGUCACCAUUUACAGAGAUGGCAUCCCUGUGACUCAGGCCUACUUUCCUGACAGCGCGUACAACACUCCCCAGCAGUUCGAGAUAGACAUAUCAGUUCCAGUGGUACCCGAUUUCCCUGACAGCUUUGACGUGGCUGAUGCUAUGACCACGUACCGCUGUGAAACAAAUGACCUACGGAACAACACACUUCUUCAGUCCGACGAGCUUUUCUUUAAACUUACAAACUAUGAGAUCUACUCGUGCAUCAUACGACUGAGCAACGACUCGAAGUACUCCGAGCUUGUGUGGAGUUAUUUCCAAAGAUCCGCAAAAGGAGAUUGGCCCUCUCGAGGCGAAGUGAAACCUGAUUCUAACUUUCCUGCACCUCGUAUAAACGACAUCAUCUCGUCUGGAAAUCAAUGGGGACUCGUUGUUGCGUCUCUGCAGACACUCAACAAAGUUGUCAACAGAACGGGUUUCAAUGUCCGCCCUGUGAGCGUCCAAAUGCCACAGACCUCCCCGAAUUUGACGUACGAUCUGUCAGAUUAGUUAGUCUCGGUGUGUGUGAACCACGCUCAGAGUACGAACCCAUCACCAACAGGAACUAUACGCUGCCUGAGGGCCAGCCCGGUGAUAAAUGGAGGAGCCCCAUGAUUUGUGCUCAAGAUGGAGACUCCCUGGUGAUAGCAGAGUGCAGGGGCAACUUUUACACAGGAUUUGUGUGGGGACCCUUGCUAGUCAACCCGUUGUGCGACUUCUCCAACACCACAGGGGAAAAGACGAAUAUUUCAAACGAAAUCCAGAGGCUAUCUCAAAAAAAUGUGACAGAUGACAACGUGUCAGAUAUCGUAAACCGGACUGUAGUGCUGACAUCAUCGCUCACCAACGACACAGCUAUUGCCCAGGACGUGAGCCAUGUGGCUGAAAUCCUGGACAAAACAGCCGAACUAGAUGAGCUAACCCCUGACCUUGUGGAGAAGAUCAUGGAAUCGGUGACCUAUAUAAACAAACUGCCCGAAACUGUCUUGGAGGAGGCUCAGGUCACCAACAAAGCUGCGAACAGAAUCCUUCGUGCCCUUGAUGAGCUCGGUCCAAAGAUGGUGUUGAAAAAUCUCUCGAGGACUCACUACGAACGAAUAGUCACAGACGACAUGGCCCUGGAGGUGUGGGACUUGGAGCAAGACUAUCCAGACAACCACAUCGUUGGGCUGAAGCUUCUCUCGGGACAGGGAGCUAGCACUCUGGACGCCUCAGACCUACGCUCCUUGUUUAAUGAGGACAGUCUACGCUCUGGCAUUGCAGAUGCCGCAGUAUUGUUAUCGGAAGAUUUUGUCAAGGAUCAGGUAGCCCGCUCGCGUUCCGGCAGCGUGAGACUGACGAUGAAUGUAUACGAGGACACAUCUCUCUACAUAAAUAGCGCGCCUCGAGACAACAAUAGAACACUCAACAGCAAAGUCGUCGCAGCAAAGGUUCUUGUUGGAGGACAAACCGUUACAGACCUGGGCUCCUCCACGGUGACCGCUGUGUUCCUGCCCACCCAGAAGAUUCCAGAAGACAUCCGGGCUGAUUACACAACGUGCGUCUACUGGGACUUCUCAGCCAAUGAGAACGCAGGAGGCUGGAGCUCCGACGGCUGUCGUCUGGACAGAGUGGAGUACGGCCGGGACGUGUGCGUGUGCGAUCACCUGACCAACUUCGCCGUGCUCAUUAGCUACUACGACCAAGAAACCUUGGACAACGAACAUACGUUGGCGCUAAGCAUAAUCACCAUAAUAGGACUCAGCCUCUCCAUUGUUGGGCUCUCUCUCUCCAUUCUCUCGUUCCUGAUGAUAAAAAAACUUCGCCAAGGUCGUCCUCAACAGACCCUGUUCCACCUGUCCCUGGCACUGCUCCUGUCCUGGGUGACGUUUCUGGCUGGGAUCCACCAGACCUCGUCUCACAGUGGCUGUAUCGCUGUGGCGGCGCUGCUGCAUUACCUGGUCAUGGUCUCCUUCAUGUGGAUGCUGAUGGAGGGGAUCCUGCAGUACCUGCUCUUUGUCCGGGUCAUGAACACCUACUUCAGCAAGUACAUGCUGAAAACGGCCGUACCGGCAUGGGGUGUACCACUCAUCCCCGUCAUCAUCAUCCUCUCUGUCGAUGCUGAGCUCUACAAAGGAGGAAAGGACUAUUGUUGGAUGUCUUUGGACGCGUUCUACUACGGCUUCGCUCUCCCUGUGGGCCUCAUCAUCCUGGCCAACCUGAUCAUUUUCGUGAUGGUUGUGGUCAGUCUAUGCCGCCGCAAGGACAUGAGCAAACACUCGUCUCAGAGCACCAGCCAGACAGUGGUCAACAUCAGGGCUUCGUUCAUCUGCUUCUGCGUGCUUGGUAGGCUAAGGAUUUUGCUCUAAAAUUAAU